AGGACGCAUGACCGAAUUUUGCAAAAUUUAUUAUUGAAGAAGUUUGAUCGUUGUUUUAUAGUACACAUGUGAUGCCUGUGGUGUACUUUUAUCAACUCAGCUUGGUUAUUUGUAUGAACUGCUAAAUAUUCGUUAGAUUUUGUGUAUUAUAUUUGUUAUGUACUUCUUAUAUAAAAUGUGUUUUGUUAUAAGACUUUUUAGGUGACUAUCACUAACAUAAUGUUUAAUGCUGUGUUAAAGUGUUGUGCAUAGAUAUAUUGUUUUUGGAUAAGACAGUUUUUUAAGAUCACCAGGAAGAACAGAAGAUAGAACAUGGGGGAAGAAGGUCACAAGUCGAAGGCCAAAAUGCUACCAAACCUAACCAUCUUGAACCAUGUCAGGUUAGGUACACAAGGUAUUCUCAGUGGAAGAGAAGGGAAGAUGGAACCGGAGCCAAAGUCACCAUAUAUUCCGGUGGGCUAUCCAGCCUUUCCCAACCCAUCGUUAUUCACGUCGACGCAAAUUUUAAUGGCCAGCCAACUUAUGGCCGCAUCUCGCAUAUCGAUGUCUAACCCCACGACGUUCUUCCAUCCGGGAAUGAUGCCCUUGAACUGGGGAAAUACCUCACCACCUUCACCUCCAUCCAACACGGAGCAAUUUUCUCCUUCACAAAAAAUCAGGAAAAUUAACAACCACAACCUCAAUAACAACAACGUAGUUUCCAGCAGUACUGCUGUCGAAGUGGUCGAAAGAACGAAGAAAAUUAAAGCGGAGGAAGAAAAUAUUGUCGUACCGUUAAAUUCGCCUACGAGUAGCAUAUCUCCACCUUCAGGAGGUGAUGUCAAGGAUCCCAACAGGGAUAAACAAUUUACUUGUGGAGUAUGCCAAAGAUCCUUUGGAUACAAACAUGUCCUUCAAAACCACGAAAGAACUCAUACCGGAGAAAAACCUUUCGAAUGUCCUGAAUGCCACAAACGGUUUACUAGGGAUCAUCAUUUAAAAACCCAUAUGAGACUGCAUACCGGAGAAAGACCUUACCAUUGUGAACAUUGCGACAGACAGUUCGUGCAAGUAGCUAAUCUUCGAAGACAUUUAAGGGUUCACACAGGGGAACGACCUUACUCUUGCGAAUACUGCACCGCGAAAUUUUCAGACUCGAAUCAACUUAAGGCACAUAUUCUUAUCCACACCAAAGAAAAGCCGUUUUCUUGCGAGAAAUGCCACAUGAAAUUUCGGAGGCGUCAUCAUCUAAUGCAUCACAAAUGCGGUAUGGUGUCUACUUUCGAAUCACCAAUAACACCGGAACCGGAAGACCAGAUUGUAGUUGUUUCCGAACCGGAAGAUCUCAGCAGGAAGAGAAUUUUGCAUCCACAGAGCACGCCGAUUAUAACGUUACCACUACCGGUACCUUUGCCGGAACAAACGGAACCGGAAGAUUUGAGUAUGAGCACGGGAAUGACGUCGAAUAGUAGCGGAAUGGGGUCCCCCCUAUCGCGGAGUCCUAGCUCGAGGGAGGAUUGCGAAGAAGACGACAUGGAUAUUCACGAAUCCGCGGCGAUUUUUCUACAAAAACGCCCAUUGAGUCAUUAGGUUAACUAAUAUAUAAGUCGAUAUUAAAAGAAGAGAGAAAAAUAUUGUACGUAUGUAUGUAUGUUCUGGUGCAAAAGUUAUAAAUUUUCUUUAUAACAAAAAAGAGAGCGUAUUCAAAAAUUAACUUCCGAAUAAUUUUAAGUUAAAAAAAGAUCAAGAUUAUCUCAAGUGGGCCCCUCAUUUUCUAGUUAAUCAUGGAAUUCAAUUUCAUAUAUUAAUACUUUCUCAAAAUAAUAAUUUUAGGAAAUGAAAUCAAUAGGUUCUAUUUGUUCCAAAAUAUGGGUAAUACCUUUAUUAGUUAAUAUAAACUUUACAUCAACAUAAUUAUAAACUCGAAUUAUGAAAUUGAAAUUUGUUUGUGGAGAAUAUGGGGUCCACUUAUGAUGAUCUUACUCAAAAAUCAAAUUUACUAUUAACGCAGAUAUUUUGUGCAUUUUGUUUUUGUACGGUAAAACACGGGUUUUGUAUUAGUCAGGUAUAUGAGUUCCUAGAAUUUAGAUUUUACAGAAAAUUAUACAUAUAGAACAAAUAUUUAUUAUGUCAUUUUCUUUUCAAGCUCAAAUAAUUCUCUUUUCACAUUGUACAGAAAAAAUAUUGAUUUUUUCGGACCGAAAAACGUGGAAAAGAAAACCUGCAAAAAUAUAACAUGUAUAUUUUGGAUUUAAGCUUUACAAGAUAGUCAUCUAUUUAAAUCAUUUUGAAACAUUUCAAAAUAGUAACAAACACAAAUUUAAUGAAAGUAGUAAAUUUAUAUAUUCGACUACAUUAAGUUGUGUUUUUUUAUAUAACGUACAUUUAUAUAAAUCCAAUAAAGAACUAACGAUACAAAGUUAGAUUAUACAGGGUGAGUCUUAAAUAAGUGCAAAAUUUUUUAGGGCUGGUAGAUCUCGAUUAAAGAAACAUAUUUUCUCUUUACCGUUUUUCAAGGAAGUCCAAAAUAACCGAGAUAUUUUACAUUGAUUUUUCGCUUAAAUUUUGCGAACCACUGCACUGGAUCUUUUCUAAUUUAUAAAUAUAAACAAAAUCUUUCUUGACCUCUGAAAAAUGUUGCUAAUUUUUGGUCUGAUAAUAUUUAGUGUCUGUACAAUGUUCACAUCUUUUAUUUUUUUUACAAUUUUAUAUUUGUAACUGUCUUGAAUUUUAUAAUAAUAAUAGCU